GAUAGGAAGGAAAGAAGAAAGUGAGGGGAAGGAAAGAAGAAAGUGAGGGGAAGGAGGAAAGGAAGGAAGCGUCGGCUGAUCUGAUAUUCAUUGCUUUAAUAGCAGAGAUAAAUUAUGGUUUCAGUUUUCACCCAGACCACACCUGAUCCAGAUCACAUCGCUACCAGGAAAUACUGGCUAUCUGGAAUUCCCAUGGAAGAAAUGAAUUCAACGAAUAGCAAGCCUCGUGUUCACACCAAAACGGAGCUACUUAAUUUAUCAACGUUAACAAUGGUGGAGAGCUUUGCCAAAAUAGACAAAAAGGAUUUUCCCAAAAGGAAGGAAUGGAAACAUAUGGGAAAGCAGAGACGUUUGAUUUUCCCAAAACAGAAGAAGUGGAGCCCAUUAUUUUCUGUGAUGUUCCCACGAUAGAAGAGUCGGCGCUAUUUGGGAAGACAGGGUCACUGUAUUCUUCCACAGUCACAAGUGGAGAGUCAUUUGAUUUUCUCAAAGCCAAAACAGUGAAGCUCUUUGGUCAAGCACCAAUUGGCUCGACGUCUAGAGAUGAGGAGAGGAAGAAUCUGAUGCUGCAAUUAAGCCGGACAAGAGAUUUUAUCAGGCUUUUACUAAAUUAUCCCAUGAGGACGGUGCAUGAUGGCAAACUCAAGGCUUGGGUUCGCGAAGCUUCACGUGGAAGACAUUCGCUCCAAGAUUUGAAUCGCCUGCUGGUCAAAAGCCCCUUAAAUGCUUCCAAUGCCUUUUACCAAGAGACAUAUUAGCGGGGGUUGAAGGAGGUUGGCGUCCCAUGUAUGAAGGUUAUACUUCGGAGACGAAGACAUUCUCAGUUUUGCUGUGGAUCUUGCUGUGGAUCAACUGAUUCAAACUUUACUGUCUAAGGAUGAUCAUGUACGUAACAUUCAUCAGGUCUUGUUUUCUUCUGGAGAUGCGGCUGGAAAAAGACUGGUUAUGGAAAAGGUAAAAUCAGUCUUGAAAGACAAGGAAAUUAUGCUUCGUCUUCAUGAAACCUUCAGUAAGGUCUUACUUAUCGACGCCUCAAAUUACCUAAUUCAGGCAGAGGUCCGUGUUCGACAACAGAUAGCUCAACAACUUCAUCUUCCAGUGAAAGAAGGCAAUGAUGAUUCGCUUAUAACAAGUAUUGAAAAAGAGAUGUCGAAAAACAACACUUAGUGCUUUUGGUUGGCGGAGAAGCCGUAGAGCCUUUUGAUCCACGGAAAGUUGGUUUUCCCGAAGAACUUGCGGAGUAGUGGUGUGCAUUACCACUGAAUCUUCGAAGCUGGCUAAUGGUGAAUUAACAGAGGCAACAGAUCUGAAUAUCAACACAAUGGAUCACUUUUUGGCAUGGGAAGUUUUCUGUCGAAAUGUCGGCAUUAUGUUUAUACAGUCCUCUUUUCUAAGAAAAAGGCUCUGCGUAUAGUUAAAGAAUGCGGUGGUAAUCUUCUUGCCACUGCCAUUGUAGCAAAGUCAUUGAGGAAUGCAACUAAUGUUAGGCAUUGGGAACAUGCUUUGGACAAGUUGUGUUCGCUCCAUCCUUCCUACAACAUUAUGGUUGCGGGAGAAGCAGAGCAUAAUUUGAGAGAGCUUGUUGACUGUCUUGCCUUGUUGCAAUUGGAGGAAAGCAAGUCCAGGUAUAUUCAAAUUCCACAAGACAUAUAUGCUAUUUUGCAAUCAUUGAACACUCAAAACCCUUUGUUCAUGAAGAAAUCUGAGUUAGGGUUGGUUGAACCACCAAAUAGUAAGUUAUGGCAUAGUUCCAUAUAUAUUGAUUUGGCAGACAAUAAGCUAUCUGAGUUACCUUGGUCCUUGAAUUGCCUUGAACUGAAAGUGUUAAAGUUGCACAACAAUGCUGACUUGACAAAGAUUCCACCCCUUUUCUUCUUCAAAAUGCCUCUACUUUGCAUCUUGGAUUUGUCCUACACUAGUGUGAGAGAAUUACCCAACUCCUUUUUUGAGUUGGAGCAACUUAGAGAACUCUAUAUGAAAGGCUGUGAACGCUUCAUGAAACUAUCCUCAGAGGUUGGAAAAUUGAAGAACCUUGAGAAGCUUGAUCUUGACAAGACUCAGAUCAUACAUCUCCAAAAGAGAUCCGAGAGUUGACCUAUCUCCAAAGUUUGACUCUUUGUUUUUAUGAGUACCGUGGCAAGAAAAGCAUGCAAUAUGCAAGUUCAACAAUUAUUCCUUCUGGGGUGAUUUCAAACCUUAAAGGGUUAAAACAUUUAAGCAUUGAUGUGAACCCUGAUGAUGAGCGAUGGGAAGAGAACUUACGUGUCAUUCUACCAGAAGUCUUGGUAUUAAAAUUCUUACAAACUGUUAGUUUGUUCAUUCCAAAAGUGGAACUUCUCUGUUUCAUACCUUCUCACAUUUUCAAGCUUGAUUUUAGAUUUGUUGUUGGACGACAUAUGUCACGAAUCAUAUCGGGCGCACUGCCAACAGCCGAAGAAAGAUUUAAACAAAGUGAGUGCAGCUUAAAGUUUGUGAAAGGUGUUGACGUCCCCUAUGAAACAAGUGCUAUUAGACAUAGCAAAGCUUUUUUUUAGACCGUCACAUGUCCAUCAAGGAUUUAUCAAUGUUUGGUACGAUGAAUUUAGAACAAUUGCAGGUGUGUAUCUUGGCUGAAUGCAAGGAGAUGCGAACAAUUGUUGAUGCAAGACGCUCAAGGAUUAAGGAUAUAUUUCCUCAUUUGCUAAUGUUGAGUGUAUCAUACAUGAAGAAUCUAAGAAGCGUUUGUGAAGGACCAGUUGAUUCUAGUCACAGU